AUGGGUGAGAAUCCCCGCGGCAGAUACUCGUACUAUGGUCAGGCGUACGUCAACGGGGGCCCAGUGGCAGUGGUGUGGUACUGGUGGAUCACCGUCUUCUUCACUCACCUCAUCGCUCUCUCCAUGGCCGAAAUCUCCUCCUCCUACCCCGUUGCCGGUUCACUCUACUUCUGGUCUGCAGCCUUGGCUGGGCCAAAGCACGGCCCCUUUGCUGCCUGGAUCACGGGCUGGUUGGAGUUUCUUGGCCUUUCUGUGGGGCUGGGCGGCGUCUCGUACGGCGGGGUGAUCAUGCUACAAUACACCGUGCUGGUCGCUACAGGAGGGGCCAACGGGGGAGGCUACCUGCUGAACAACUACGAGUCGUUCGCCAUCACAGUGGGGGCCAUUCUCCUCUGCGGCGUCCUCAACUCCUUCUCAGUCAAGUUCAUUGGCCGCCUCGCAGUCAUCAGCGCUGUUUAUCAGUCAAGUUCAUCGGCCGCCUCGCUGUCAUCAGCGCUGUUUAUCAGGUGGGCUGCAGUCACGGUAGCCGCAUGGAAGCACCACUACUCCUCCCCUUCCCCCCCCCUCUCUACCCACAUGCUCUCCUCUGCACCGUCCUCAACUCCUUCUCAGUCAAGUUCAUUGGCCGCCUCGCAGUCAUCAGCGCUGUUUAUCAGGUGGGCUGCAGUCACGGUAGCCGCAUGGAAGCACCACUACUCCUCCCCUUCCCCCCCCUCUCUACCCACAUGCUCUCCUCUGCGGCGUCCUCAACUCCUUCUCAGUCAAGUUCAUCGGCCGCCUCGCUGUCAUCAGCGCUGUUUAUCAGGUGGGCUGCCUCUGCCUGCCUUCAUUAUGGGACUGGCCAUAGUCAUUAUGAUUCUGCUGCCCUCAGUAGCGCCAGCGCACCAGACGCCAUCCUUCGUCUUCACCCACUACCACGUGCAGCUGGACGUGUCUCUUCUGCCCAGUGUGGCGUACGCCUUCAUUGCAGCGAUGCAGCUAUCACAGUACUCCCUCUACGCAUACGACACAGUGGCCCACAUGGCAGAGGAGACAAAGCGCUCCGACCGCACGUCUCCAGCGAGCAUGGUGCUCUGCCUCUCCGCGGUCAGCCUGCUCGCGUGGGGGCUGCUUGUGGCCUUCACGUUUAGCAUUCAGGACGACGAUAUUCUCACCAGCACCGAUAGCGUCACGGGAGGGCAGCAGAUCCUCGUUACCAUCAUCUGGGAGGUUUUUUACGCUCGCCUGCUCGCGUGGGGGCUGCUCGUGGCCUUCACCUUCUGCAUUCAGGGCGAUGAGAAUCUCACCAGCCCGGACAGUGUUACUGGAGGGCAGCAGAUCCUCGUUACCAUCAUCUGGGAGGUUUUUGUGGCUCGCCUGCUCGCGUGGGGGCUGCUCGUGGCCUUCACCUUCUGCAUUCAGGACGACGAUAUUCUCACCAGCCCGGACAGCGUUACUGGAGGGCAGCAGAUCCUCGUUACCAUCAUCUGGGAGGUCUUUGUGGCUCGUGGCUCGGUGAGUGGCUCGGUGAGUGGCUCGGUGAGUGGCUUGGUGAGUGGCUUGGUGAGUGGCUUGGUGAGUGGCUUGGUGAGUGGCUCGGUGAGUGGCUCGGUGAGUGGCUCGGUGAGUGGCUCGGUGAGUGGCUCGGUGAGUGGCUCGGUGAGUGGCUCGCUUUGGCAACGGAACAGGGGCAGUGGUGGUGCUCUCACUCAUCUACGUCCCCUUCCUCUUUCUCCCUACUGUGCUCUGCUUGCUGCUCUUCCCCAAUCGCCCCCUUUGCCCCUGCUACCCCCACUCCCCCCCAACAGCUUCGGCAACGGCACAGGGGCAGUCGUUGUGCUCUCUCUCAUCUAUGUCCCCUUCCUCUUCCAUCCUCCCAUGCACCCCCCCUCUUGCUACCGUGUGUUGCUGUCCCCUCUUGUGCCUAUCCCCUGCAACAGAUUCGGCAACGGCACAGGGGCAGUGGUGGUGCUCUCACUCAUCUAUGUCCCCUUCCUCUUCCAUCCUCCCAUGCACCCCCCCUCGUGCUACCGUGUGUUGCUGUCCCCUCUUGUGCCUAUCCCCUGCAACAGCUUCGGCAACGGCACAGGGGCAGUGGUGGUGCUCUCACUCAUCUAUGUCCCCUUCCUCUUCCAUCCUCCCAUGCACCCCCCCUCUUGCUACCGUGUGUUGCUGUCCCCUCUUGUGCCUAUCCCCUGCAACAGCUUUGGCAACGGCACAGGGGCGGUGGUGGUGCUCUCACUCAUCUAUGUCGCCUUCCUCUUUGGUGUCUUCGCUGGUAUCCUUGGCGCUUCUCGAGCGGCGUAUGCCAUAUCGCGGGACAAGGGGCUCCCAUUCGCGUUCAUCUGGCGGCGGGUGAACCGAGACAAGACGCCCAUCUACUCCGUGUGGCUGUGCUGCGGAGUCGCCAUCCUCUUCUCCCUGCCUCUCCUCAAGGACUCUUUCCUCUUCUCAGCCAUCACCUCCCUCGCCACCGUCGCCUGGGUGGGGGGUUAUGCUGUACCCAUCUUCUUUCGGCUCAUUCAAAGGGAGGAGGACUUUGAACCCGGCCCCUUCUACCUCUCCAAAUACGUCGGCGUCUGGGGCAGGUGA